CAUCAUCCGUGACCUUGGUGUAUCUCUUCCCCUUCGGUUUUUCUAACAGGCAAAGAGGACAGCAUGGCGAACAAGGAUCCUAUGGGUUUUCUCCAGCAGCUGCGGCAGGUCGCAGGCAGGAUGUCGUCCAAACCUCUGGGAUCUGGAAUGGGUUUCAAGCUGCUGAUCGGAGCUGGGGCGCUGGCGUACGCAGUCAAGGAGGCCACCUACACAGGAUACCCUGGUUCCAGUACCCCAUCAUCUACGACAUCCGGGCCCGACCCAGAAAGAUCUCGUCCCUCACGGGGAGCAAAGACCUCCAGAUGGUGAACGUGACGCUCCGGGUUCUGUCCCGGCCUCUGGCCAGCAACCUGCCGUUCCUGUACCAGCACCUGGGCAUGGACUACGACGAGCGGGUUCUGCCGUCCAUCGUCAACGAGGUUCUGAAGAGCGUGGUGGCCAAGUUCAACGCCUCGCAGCUCAUCACGCAGAGAGCCCAGGUGUCUCUGCUGAUCCGCAGGGAGCUGUUCGAGCGAGCCAAAGACUUCAACAUCAUCCUGGACGACGUGGCCAUCACCGAGCUCAGCUUCAGCCGCGAGUACACGGCCGCCGUGGAGGCCAAGCAAGUGGCCCAGCAGGAGGCGCAGCGAGCUCAGUUUUAUGUAGAAAAGGCCAAACAGGAGCAGAAACAGAAAAUCAUCCAGGCUGAAGGAGAAGCUGAGGCUGCCAAGAUGCUGGGCAUGGCGGUGACGAAGAACCCAGGAUACCUGAAACUCAGGAAGAUCCGGGCGGCGCAGAACAUCGCCAAGACGAUGGCCCAGUCCCAGAACAAAGUGUACCUGAACGCUGACAACCUGGUGCUCAGCGUGCAGGGCAAAGACAGCUUCGACCUGAUGUUGUCCAAGAAGUAAGAAGUUCCCUCCCUGCCCGGUUCUCAUCGUUCCUCCAGGCUCUUCAGAAACAGAACUUCCUCGUCGGGUCAGAACCGCAGGAUGGAACCGGACGUUUCCUGUUUGAAGGAGGACUUCCUCUGAAGGAACCCGGAGGUUCUCCUGGAACUUCCUCUUCAAACCAGGAAGUGGAACACCGGCCCGUUUCCUUUCUCGCUGUAAAUCUAAAGACUGCUCCCUCCUGUUUUCACCCUCACCUACAGAAAAUAAGGAUUAUUGAUCAAUUGAUAGGUUUGAGUUUGAUUCCAGCAAACAGGAAGUUUCUAUAAAACCCAGCAGCUGCAGCCGGGCCGACUCUUCAGAACCUCACGUGCUGAGGCCUCGUUAGUUUUGUUCAACACUUCCUGUUUGUAGGUACCUGUUGACUCGAGCAGGUGUGUUCAGCACAGGUAAUAAGAAGCAGAAAGUUUGUGAACCGGGUCGACUGGGCUGCAUCUGAACGAGCAGGUUCUGUCUGAACGCUUCGUGAUUGUUAACGUUAGAUUCAUAACUGAAUGUUUCUGUUUAGCUCCUUCAACAUGUUUCAUAAAUUCCUCUGAAAACACGA